CGAAGAAGAAGGACCCAGACGCACCCCGCCAAUUGUCUGUUUGUAUUUCUGUGGGACUUUGUAGCAGUGGCUGAUGUUUUGUCGACCUUUGUGGAAAGGGACAUUUCUUCUGCAAAAAGCGCUUUGUAGGAAGGAUUUAAGGAAGCUGUCUUUCCACAGGUUGUUUACAGUUGAACUUGGCCGGUUCCCGUCUAUGAGAGUGACCCACUGCAGGUUAUCCUUCUGUCACACUGCUGCAGGGUCCAGGAUGAGGAAGAAGCUGCUGUUGGAUGUGGACUGUGGCGUGGACGAUGCUCAGGCCAUCAUGAUGGCCCUGGCUGCUCCCAAUGUGCAGAUCUUGGGCAUUACCUGUGUGCAUGGAAACACCUCAGUGGAGAAUGUGUGUAAAAACGCACUGCGAGUCCUGCAAGCCUGCAGUCACCUCGAGAUUCCAGUGUUUAAAGGCGCUGCUACGCCGAUCCUCGGCGACAGCGGCAUCAGCUCGGGGCACUUCCACGGGAAGGAUGGCCUGGGUGACGCUCCUGACUCCAAGGCUCCCGGUUUGGAGCUUGUUCAGAAGGAAAACGCUGCGAUUGCUAUGAUCAGGAUUGUAAACGAGAACCCAGGAGAGGUAUCUCUGGUUGCCACGGCACCCCUCACCAACUUGGCUCUGGCUGUGAAGAUGGAUCCAUCUCUGCCGAGCAAACUCAAAGGCCUCUACAUUAUGGGAGGCAACACUGAAUCUCGAGGGAACACCACAGUGUGUGGGGAGUUUAAUUUUGCUGUGGAUCCAGAAGCUGCAUACAUCGUGCUUAAAGAGUACCGCUGUCCCACCUACUUGGCCGGCUGGGAGUUCACCUGCUACAACAAGUUAACCUGGGAGUUCUGCGAUGAAUGGUUGGCGCAGAACACCAGUAAAGCUCGCUUCAUGAAGAAGAUCUUCCACCACAGCUACCAGGCGGCGCAGACUGAACGCUUGCAGAAAGAGUGCGUCGCCGGUUCGGGUUUCAUUUCCUGCGACUCGUAUGCAGUGGCUGCCGCCAUAGAUGAUUCGUUCAUCAUAGAAAGCGACCAAUACCCAGUCAGCGUGGAGCUGUCAGGCACGCACACCAGGGGCAUGAUGGUAGUAGACACUGUGGGUUUCCUGAAGGACGCUCGCGAGGUUUGUCUCAUGAGGAAGGUGGACUUGGAGAAGUUCAAGCAGAUGAUGAUGGCAGCUUUACAAUAA